AUGACCAUCUACAAAAGGGGUUACGCGUCCUACAGAUGUUACUGUACUGUAAAUAUUGCAAUGAAUUAUCAAGAAAGACCAACAUCAAGUAUCUAUUCCGACUGUUUUGAACUAGAUGCCCUAGUCAGCAGGUUAUCUGAUGAAGCUGACACUCAAGAGCUCUACGCCAUACAAGCCCUGCAGAAUGAACGCGAUGCAUUAAGCCGAGAGGUAGAAGCGAGGCGCACAAUAUGGAAUACAAUCUACCACGUGCUCAUCGAGUCGGCUGAUGUUGCAAGUAAGAUAGCCGCACUUUGUAAAUUUGCCUAUGAUCGUAUAGAAAAAGAGAGAAACAAGUGGCUAGCAAACCGUAAUGCAAUUUAA